UGAUGGCUUUUUAGACUUUAACGCACAUUGUGCAGCUAAAAUGUUAGGCAUUCGUUGGAAUGCGUAUUCUGAUCAGUUUUAUUUCUCCUCCAUUGCAUUUUCUCCCCAUACUUAUACCAAACGAGAGGUUCUUUCCCAAAUAUCAAGACUAUUUGAUCCUGCUGGCUGGAUUUCGCCGGUCAUUGUAUUAGCCAAGAUAAUUAUGCAAAAAAUAUGGCUAGAUAAAGUGGGUUGGGAUGAAGAGAUAUCACCAGAAUCAAUUGACUUAUGGAAAGCAUUUCAGUCUUCAUUUUCUUCCAUCAAUGAGAUUCGUGUUCCACGUUGGUUUAACUUUGUCCCAGACCAUGAAAUUGAAUUUCACGGGUUUUCGGAUGCAUCAGAAAGGGCUUAUGCCGCAGUACUAUACAUUCGAAUUGUUUCUCCAACUACUGUGUACACCCACUUAGUGGCUUCCAAAACGAAAGUAGCACCGAUUAAGUCCCUAUCUAUUCCUAGACUGGAAUUAUGUGCAGCUACUCUCCUUGCUGAGUUAAUUGACAAUUUAGUGCCUCAAUUCGACGUUCACCGUCACUCAUUACAUUGCUGGACGGACUCCACCAUUGUGAUUUCAUGGUUAGCAAAACAACCAUGUCAUUGGAAUACUUUUGUGGCAAAUCGAAUUUCUAAAAUCAUCCAAACUGUCGAUCCACCAAAAUGGCACCACGUCAGUUCAGAGGACAACCCCGCCGAUCUCGCGAGUAGAGGUGUCUAUCCACAGGAUCUAAUCCAAAAUGAUCUUUGGUGGAGAGGUCCUGCAUGGUUAUCUGAAUUUGACACUCCUUGGGAAAAUUACUCUAAUCAAGAUGUCCAACCAACUGAAUUAGAGAAGAAGUCGAGCUCUAAGGAUUAUGGCGUAUGUAUAUCGUUUUAUAAAUGGUACUCAUCCACGAUAUAAGACCAAUAAUAGACGUUAUGGUAACGUCAUAGAAGCUCAAGAAAUCAUCCAUGUUCGCUCAAAGCUGAUAUCCAUAUACCAAAGGCUAUUUUACCCAAAUGAGUACAUGGCGCUGAGUAUCCAAAGACCGAUUCCUUUUUCUAGUAAACUAUUGAGUUUGAAUCCCUUCUUAGAUUCUGAAGGUCUAAUGCGAAUUUGCGGUCGACUUGAAGUAUGUCCAGAGUUAUCCUACAACGAGAGACAUCCUAUAAUUGUUCCAUACAACUGUCAAUAUUCCAAACUAUUAGUCCAAUAUAUCCAUUUGAUAAGUCUACACGGGGGCAAUCAACUUGUCCUCCGAUUGGUCCGUACACAAUACUGGAUACCAAAGGUUCAAAAUCUUAUAAAAUCCAUUAUACGAAAUUGCAAGAUCUGUGUCAUAUAUAAGAAAAGAUGCCAAAAGCAGUUGAUGGCUGCAUUGCCUCCAGAAAGAUGUGAAAUAUCCCGACCAUUCACACAUACCGGUUUGGAUUUUGCAGGACCUUUUGAUAUCAAGAGCUAUACUGGAAGAUAUUGUCGGAUUACCAAAGGAUAUGUGUGUGUGUUUGUCUGUUUUUCCACAAAGGCAAUUCACCUUGAAGCAACAUCCGACUUAUCCACAUCCAAUUUUCUGGCAGCUUUUAACCGUUUUGUUUCCCGUCGUGGUUGUCCACUCCAUUUGCACUCUGACAACGGAACUACGUUUGUCGGAGCUUCCAAGAGGAUCGCAAAAAAUUUUAUCGAUACCUCGAAUCAAGCUCUAAUGUCUAAUUACGCCCACCAAAAUUUGACAUGGCAUUUCAUACCUCCCGGAGCUCGUCAUAUGGGUGGACUCUGGGAAGCCGGCGUAAAAAGUUUCAAACAACAUUUCCGCAAAGUUGCUGGCAAUACAAAAUACACAUACGAAGAAUUUCAAACCUUACUGACUAAAAUUGAGGCGUGUCUAAACUCUAGACCAAUAUCCCCAUCUUCUCAAAGCCCAUCAGAUUUCACCGCAUUGACUCCUGGAUACUUUUUAAUCGGUUCUCCUAUACUAUCUCCCUUAGAACCAGAAAUUUCCCAGUCAUCCAUUUCUAUUCAAAAUCGCUGGCAACGACUCCGAUCAAUGUAUCAACAUUUUUGUAGCAGAUGGAAGACUGAAUAUCUGAAGGAACUUCAUAAAAGGACUAAAUGGAAAAGUCCAGAACGCGAUGUCGAAGAAAAUAUGCUGGUGGUUAUUCAGGAAGAAAAUCUCCCUCCGACCUGUUGGCGUUUGGGCAGAGUGAUUCGUGUCUAUCAUGGCAAUGAUCAGAAAGUGCGCGUUGCUGACAUUCUCACUCAGAAGGGAAGAAUCACCCGGCCAAUUACAAAGCUGGUCAUCUUACCAGAUAACCAUCCAAAUCCAGUACCAUCCUAA